CGUCGGGCGCCGCCACACCUCGCCCGGCAGCCGCACCGCACCACACCCGCCGUACUAUUUUAAAACGACGAGACACCGCGCAUGCGAAUAUCGAUCCGGCGCACUCGAUUCGGUGCCCGUAUCUAGGUUAACCGGCUAAAAUUAAAAGAUUAACGUGCCCGUCAUACGUGUGAGAAAGAUAGACACAGACACCCUGAUAUAAAAACGCUGUAUAUGGAGCGGGACGGGUGUAGGUUACGUGCUUCGCGCAUUAGGUCACACAAAAGCCAAGACAGGUAAUAGUGCGGGAGCGAGACACCAAUUUUUAAUAGAAUUUUAAAUUUCGAACGACCAGGGACGAACUAUUAGGACUUUAGGUGCUUUCUAGGUGGACUAGCCUUACUUUAACUGUCAAAAUGUGUUCGGAUGUGUAGUUAGGGCUUCGUGUAGGGCAUAGAGUAAAUAAGGGUCGGUACAGACGAGGUGGUGCGCGGGUGUGUGGCGGCGGUGCGAGACGUGUGUGAUGCGACGCCGGCCUCGAAGACACCAACGGAUACCGGUCAAGCAGUCGCCUACGUUCGUCUGACGAAUCCGUUCAGUUCGCCACCUGCAACAUAAUAGGGAGCCAUACGCUGCGGCGGAAAGACGGGUGCGACACGCACUCGUGAUCUAGAGGGAGGUCGGGCGUGGUGCGGGCGACCGCGAGCCCGACGCCAUGGCGACGGUGGAAGGCCGGCCGGCGCAGUAUGGCGUCAGCUUGCGUCAGCUGCGCGAGCUGAUGGAAACGCGCGGCGCCGAGGGCCUAGCCAAGAUCAACGCGCUCGGCGGGCCGCAGGAGCUCUGCAAGAAGUUGUACACCUCGCCCACGGACGGUCUUAGCGGUUCGAAGGCGGACCAACAGCACAGGCGGGAAGUGUUCGGUUCCAAUCUAAUUCCGCCGAAACCUCCUAAAACCUUCCUCACGCUGGUGUGGGAGGCGCUACAGGACGUCACCCUGAUCAUUCUUGAGGUGGCCGCCGUUGUCUCGCUAGGAUUGAGUUUCUACAAACCGUCCGAAGAUGAGAGCGAUGUUGUAGAUGAAAUUGGUCAUUUGGACGAAGAGGAAGGUCAUUACCAAUGGAUAGAGGGUCUGGCGAUCUUAAUAUCUGUUAUAGUUGUCGUCAUAGUCACAGCAUUCAACGAUUACACGAAAGAAAGACAAUUCAGAGGGCUUCAAUCGAGGAUAGAGGGCGAGCACAAGUUCGCAGUCAUCCGUGGCGGUGAGGUGAAGCAGGUGCCUAUCAGCGAGAUCGUGGUGGGCGACAUCUGUCAGAUCAAGUAUGGAGAUCUGUUGCCUGCUGACGGUGUGCUGCUGCAGAGUAACGACCUCAAGGUCGAUGAGUCCUCGCUUACAGGAGAGUCGGACCAUGUCAAGAAGGGUGAAUCUUUUGAUCCCAUGGUGCUAUCUGGUACUCACGUUAUGGAAGGUUCUGGCAAGAUGUUGGUGACGGCUGUGGGUGUGAACUCGCAGGCCGGCAUCAUCUUGACUCUGCUGGGCGCGGCUGUCGACAAACAGGAGAAGGAGAUCAAGCAGAUGAAGAAAGAAGCUAAAAAGCAGCAGCGCAAGGGGACCCAGCGCAAGAGUCUCACCGGAGAUGAAGAUGCAACUUUGGCGGCGAGCAGCAACAGUCAUGGCGCCAACCAUCGUGAAGACAACCACGUGGCGCCCACAGACAAACCCGCGGAGACAUCGCACAAGAAGGAGAAGUCAGUGCUGCAAGCCAAGCUCACUAAACUCGCCAUACAGAUCGGUUACGCGGGUUCCACAAUCGCAGUGCUGACGGUGAUCAUCCUGGUGGUGCAGUUCUGUGUGCGCACUUUUGUCAUCGACGGAAAACCUUGGAAGGCGACUUACAUCAACAACCUGGUGAAGCAUCUCAUCAUCGGUGUGACAGUGCUGGUGGUGGCCGUGCCUGAAGGAUUGCCUCUCGCUGUUACAUUGUCACUCGCAUACUCUGUUAAGAAAAUGAUGAAAGAUAACAACUUGGUGCGCCACUUAGACGCGUGUGAGACGAUGGGCAAUGCGACCGCGAUCUGCUCAGACAAGACUGGUACUCUCACCACCAACCGUAUGACUGUGGUCCAGUCCUACAUCUGUGAGAAGCUGUGCAAGGUCACGCCCAACUUUAGAGAUAUACCUGCGGAAGUUGGCGAGACUAUGAUCGAAGGAAUAUCCGUUAAUAGUGCCUUCACUUCUGGAGUUAUGCCGGCAGCAGAUCCUACAUCGCCUCCCAUACAGAUCGGCAACAAGACGGAGUGCGCACUGCUCGGGUUUGUGCUCGCGCUGGGACAGAGCUACGAGGCGGUGCGCGAGCGCAACCCGGAGGAGUCCUUCACACGAGUAUACACGUUCAAUUCCGUGCGCAAGAGCAUGUCCACUGUCAUACCUUAUAAGGGUGGCUACCGGCUGUAUACUAAAGGAGCUUCUGAAAUCGUUUUGAAAAAGUGUUCUUUCAUCUAUGGACACGAGGGUCGUCUGGAGAAGUUCACCCGCGACAUGCAGGACAGGCUGGUGAAGCAGGUCAUCGAGCCCAUGGCCUGCGAUGGACUCAGGACUAUCUCCGUCGCCUACAGAGACUUCGUUUCCGGCAAGGCUGAUAUCAACCAGGUGCAUAUAGACCAAGAACCAAACUGGGAUGAUGAAGACAACAUCGUAAACAACCUGACCUGUCUCUGUGUCGUCGGUAUUGAGGAUCCCGUCAGGCCAGAGGUACCGGAGGCUAUCCGCAAGUGUCAGAAGGCGGGUAUCACGGUGCGCAUGGUGACGGGUGACAAUGUGAACACGGCGCGCUCCAUCGCCAUCAAAUGUGGCAUACUCAAGCCCACUGAUGACUUCCUCAUUCUGGAGGGCAAGGAGUUCAACAAGAGGAUCCGAGAUGCCAAUGGAGAGGUACAACAAAGCCUGCUGGACAAGGUGUGGCCGAAGCUGCGCGUGUUGGCGCGCUCCUCUCCCACUGACAAGUACACUCUGGUCAAAGGCAUGAUAGAGUCCAAGGUGUUUGACACUCGCGAGGUGGUCGCAGUCACAGGAGAUGGCACCAACGAUGGACCAGCGCUCAAGAAGGCUGAUGUCGGAUUUGCUAUGGGUAUCGCGGGUACGGACGUCGCCAAAGAGGCGUCUGACAUCAUUCUGACAGAUGACAACUUCUCGUCAAUCGUGAAGGCGGUGAUGUGGGGCCGCAAUGUGUAUGACUCCAUCGCCAAGUUCCUGCAGUUCCAGCUCACUGUCAACGUGGUCGCUGUCAUUGUAGCCUUCAUUGGUGCUUGUGCGAUUCAGGACAGCCCUCUAAAGGCGGUACAAAUGUUAUGGGUGAAUUUGAUAAUGGACACGCUGGCGUCGCUCGCGCUGGCCACGGAGAUGCCCACACCGGACCUGCUGCAGCGCAAACCUUACGGUCGCACCAAGCCUCUCAUCAGCCGCACCAUGAUGAAGAACAUCCUCGGACAGGCCAUCUACCAGCUCUUUAUCAUCUUCUCACUGCUAUUUGUAGGUGACAGAUUGCUAAACAUCCCGUCGGGUCGUGGCCAACCACUCGGUUCCGAGCCCACGCAGCACUUCACCAUCAUCUUCAACACCUUCGUCAUGAUGACACUCUUCAAUGAGAUCAACGCGCGCAAGAUUCACGGCCAGAGGAAUGUAUUCGAAGGACUGUUCACCAAUCCCAUCUUCUACUCGAUAUGGAUCGGCACUGCUUUGUCCCAGGUGAUAAUAAUCCAGUUCGGCGGUAUGGCAUUCAGCACUGCGGGCCUGUCGAUAGACCAGUGGCUGUGGUGCCUGUUCUUCGGCGCUGGUACCCUCGUGUGGGGUCAGCUCGUCACCACCGUGCCCACUAGGAAGAUACCCAAGAAACUCUCUUGGGGCCGAGGCCAGCCGGACCCUGAGACCAUCCAGCCCGGUCCGGACUACGACUCGGACCUGGACAAGAAGCCGCGCGCCGGACAGAUCCUGUGGAUACGCGGCCUCACGCGCCUCCAGACGCAGCUGCGCGUGGUGCGCGCGUUCAAGUCGACGCUCGAGGACCUCGAGGAGCGGCUGUCUGCGCACUCGGCGGCCGGCCUGCGCUCGCGUCUGCGCGCACCGCCCCAGGACAUCGCCUACAUCGACGCGGACGACGUGCCCAACGCGGCCACCGCGCCCAACGCGACCGCCGCGCGCACUGAGACCACCAUAUUCUAACGCUCCCCGCGCCUUGCGCUCGCGCCACGCGUCCGCACAUCACUGACACACACCUAUAGAGCUUCUACAUACCCCGCCCUGCCCCUUUACUGUUUUGUUACAAUGUCACUGUGUUUGCAGAUGUUUUUGUACCGUACGUACUGCCGGAGCCCGCGAGCCCGCACCCCCACUUCCCCACUUCCCCACACGAUUCCCGCUCGACCGACACGUACUUAACGCUAUUUAACCGCGAAAUCUCAGCGCGAUCUUACGACACCUCGAUUACUUAUGAUUAUGCUUUAUUAUACGAAAAAACGUCUUUGAGUCUUAAAUUGUAUUAGGUUUAAGAAUUUUUUAAAUAAGUGUUGAAAUUUUUUAGAAACUAGGUAGUCGAUAGCAAUAAAGUUGCAUAGUUAUGGAGUUGGCGGGUGACGAGCCAGUCGCCUCUCGUGUGACACGACCCUAGCUAGAUAGCUGGCGAUAGAGGCCCGGACCCGCCGCCCCGAUAGACCCGCUCGGACUGUCCCGAGCGCGCCUCUCACUCGGCGACAAUGUAACCAACACUGCUAUUUAGAUAUGAACAUGUUUGUAAAUAUGUAAGAAGUUUCUCGAACGUCUUUCUAUGUAUAUCGGAGCAGUGAUAUUUUAUAUAGAGAUUAUAGAUAGAGGCGACUCGUGGAAUUGUGAAACGUUUUAAUCUUGUCGAUUUGAAAUUUACCAAUAUAAUGUUAACUUUAAAAAAAAUCAUAUUCUCCCUAGCUUUCUUUGUAACUAGGCUAUUUAGGAGUGCGUCGACGAACGUGAUCUUUUCGAACUCGUCCGACCUCCGCUCGGUUAUAUCUGUUUGUUUCAUAGUAAAUUGGGACCACUUUAACCCGCUAGUGACGUUCGACCGCCGAACGUUCGCGUUCGCGGCGCGCGUCUGUCCGUACGCAGUGUAUGUUCUGAGUCAGCCCUCCCUGUGCACUCCGCGAGUCACGUGACACUCGCAACCUGUAUGUACUUGGACACGAGAGAACUCUUACAAGUGUAGAACUAAAACAUUGUUUUGUUGAAAACUAUUUACAAUUAAUAAUAAAAUUUGAAGCAAAUUCCAUAGCAUUUUCUUUCGCCACUCGUUAUGCAUGAUGGGGGCCGCCCAGUUUUAGCAGAACCGCUCUAUUUCAGAUGUUAACGGUAAGUUUAGGUCCGCGGGCCGGGCGCGCCCUCUGGCGGCGGCCGCACGCCCCGCGCCCCGCGCCCUCGCCCUGGGCGGCCGGAGAGACCUAGGUACACUCAAGUUACACUAGUUAGAGCAUGAGCGUGUCUUGCACGUCAACUCUUCGGUACAUACUCACCCCCGUCGAACGAAUAGCGACCUUAUUGUGUAACGAUACGUCACAAAACACAACUGCCGACUGUACGUCCAUAAGUCGCAUUAUAUGACGAGUGCCUCGAAACAGAGGUUGAAACAGCGCGCGAGCGGCCAUUUUGUGGCCGGCAUCGGUCCGCAAAAUGGCGGCCGUUUCUUAGAUUGUAAGUACAGAGUAUCUAUUGAAGAAAUGUUACAAUGUUUCAUUUUUUUGGUACAAAUGUUGUUUUUUUUCUUUUAAAUUUGUAUUCUAAUUAUUUUCGCUUGGCAUUUAAAGUGUGAAACUGCUUAUGUUACAGCGUUAUGCAUGUAUACAGAUGUCUGUGAGUAUGCACAAUUUGUAUUUGUAAGCGACGGUCUCUGAUAACUUAAAGUGUGAUUGAUUUUGUCAUCUUUAUGUUGUCGAGAUCUUUGAUUUUUUUCAAUGUUAUUUUAAUAAAGUAUUUCACACGUAGGAGAAAAAUAAUCAUUAUAAUUUAUCACUAUAACAAUCUCGUACACUAGUGUUUAAGUUGUCGUACAAAAAUAAAGUGCUGAUGAAUACAAAAUGCCUCCACAAAAACUAAAAAAAAAAAAGUUAAAUAUAACC